AUGUCGGGGCAGACGCUGACGGACCGCAUCGCCGCGGCGCAGUACAGCUUGACAGGCUCCGAGGUGUCCCGGGCUGUGUGUAAAUCCACCACACAUGAGCAGACGGCGCCCAAGAAAAAACACCUGGAAUACCUUGUCCAGGCCACCCAGGAGUCCAAUGUGAACAUUCCCCAGAUGGCUGACACAUUGUUUGAAAGGGCAGGAAAUGCCAGCUGGGUAGUGGUCUUCAAAGCCCUGAUCACCACACACCACCUUAUGGUGCAUGGCAAUGAGAGGUUUAUCCAGUUUUUGGCCUCCAGAAACACUCUCUUCAACCUCAGUAACUUCUUGGACAAAACUGGCUCCCAUGGCUACGACAUGUCCACAUUUAUCAGACGCUACAGCCGCUAUCUCAACGAGAAGGCUUUCGCCUACAGACAGAUGGCUUUUGACUUUGGCAGAGUCAAAAAAGGAGCCGAGGGAGUGAUGAGGACGAUGUCAGUGGAGAAGCUGCUGAAAGGAAUGCCAACCUUACAGAGCCAGAUAGAUGCAUUGCUGGAGUUUGAUGUCCAUGCGCAGGAAUUGAACAACGGGGUGAUAAAUGCCUGCUUUCUCCUGCUUUUCAAAGAUUUGAUCAAGCUGUAUGCCUGCUAUAAUGAUGGAAUCAUAAACCUGCUCGAGAAAUUUUUCCAGAUGAAGAGGAGUCAGUGCAAAGACGGGCUGGAGAUCUACAAGCGAUUCCUGACACGAAUGACCAGGGUUUCAGAGUUCUUUAAAAUAGCUGAGCAAGUGGGAAUUGACAAAAAUGAUAUACCAGAACUCACUCAGGCCCCCGAGAGCCUUCUGGAGUCUCUUGAGACCCACCUCAACACAUUGGAGGGGAAGAAGCCGUAA